AUGACGAUCGUGGAAGGUCAGACUGGAGUUAUUGUUAUUGAUCCUCUUAUUUCGGUGGAAUGUGCACAAGCAGCGCUGAACCUCUACCAAAGCCAUCGAGGUGCCAGGAAAGUCACUGGAUUGAUCUAUUCACACUCUCAUGUGGAUCAUUUUGGUGGUGCUCAAGGUGUUCUACUUGACCAUUCGUCAGCAAAUGUGCCCAUUCUUGCUCCCGAAGGCUUCAUGGACGCUGCCCUAAAUGAAAACAUUUUCGCAGGACCAUCAAUGCGCAGACGGGCUGCUUUCAUGUACGGAAACAAGAUCCCAAAAGGGCCAACAGGUCAGAUCGGAUGUGGACUUGGUAUGACAACUUCAGCUGGAACUAUUUCUAUGGUCCCACCCACUGUUUUGGUCAAGAUCACCGGUGAAGAACAUGUCGUCGACGGAGUCAGAAUCGUGUUUCAGGCAGUGCCGGAGACGGAAGCCCCAGCGGAAAUGAAUUUUUACUUUCCGGACCACGGGCCCUAUAUAUUGCAGAUCUGGUCACGAUAUCUGGACGAGACUAUCGUCCUCUUUGGUGAGAUUUCAGAUGUCCUAUUUGCCGGCCACAACUGGCCGACUUGGGGCUCGGCCAAGAUCAUCAAGCUGGUCUCAGAACAACGAGACCUGUAUGGAUAUAUGCACGACCAAACUGUGCGACUGAUGAAUGCUGGUUUGACAGGUAUUGAGAUCGCGGAAAUCAUGACAUUGCCACCCGCAUUGCAGCAGGCUUGGCACGCUCAGGGCUACUAUGGAUCGCUGAGCCACAACAUCAAGGGUAUCUAUCAAAAGUACAUAACCUGGUUUAAUGGGAAUCCGGCACAUCUGUGGCAAUAUCCUCCUGCCGAGGAAGGAAAGCGUUAUCUGUCUUGCAUGGGUGGCGUCGAUGAAGUUGUCAAAAAGGCCGAGACCUUUGCGAAAGAAGGUGAUCUCCGCUUUGCGACGACGCUGCUUGGUCACACCGUUGCCGCAGAGCCUGCCCACGGAAAGGCAAGGGCCGCUCUUGCAUUGGUAUUUGAAAAGCUCGGAUUCGGUGCAGAAAAUGCCACCUGGCGUAAUGUCUAUCUCACCUCGGCCCAGGAACUGCGAUCUGGCCGGAACACUGAAAGAAGUCUUACUGCCAUGGAUGAAGUGAAUCCAGGACUGUCUGUCGAGCAAUGGCUAGCGGGGCUCUCUGUUCGAAUUGACGGGCCUAGAGCCGCGCGACAAAAUUUUGCGUUCGGCUUACAUGUCGUCGAUACAGGAGAAAAGUGGAAGUUGAUCAUGAGCAAUGGUGCUCUGACGUAUCGAAGGCAGCCCGGGAAUGCCAGUGACGUCGACUUGACAUUGAAGAAAGCAGAGCUUCGGCAAAUGUUGGAGAGUAACCUGAAGCUCCCCCCUGUUCAAUCACGAGGCGACCUAGGUUUGAUGAGGCUCCUUUUGUCCCUUGUCUCGGGCGCAGACUCGAAUGAAGCGCGAAACAGUCAUAUAUAG